AUGUGCUUGUGUUCCAGCUCCUGCACACGCUCACAGCGCUUUCUGUUACCCUUUUUCUCAACAUCUGUUUCUCUCUGUCAGGGUUUCUUUCGGAGGAGCAUCCAGAAGAACAUGGUGUACACGUGCCACCGGGACAAAGUCUGUGUCAUCAACAAAGUGACGAGGAACCGGUGUCAGUCAUGUCGACUGCAGAAGUGCCUGGAUGUGGGCAUGUCUAAAGAGCUGGUACGAAAUGACCGAACAAAGAAGAAGAAGGAAGAGAAGAAGCAGCCCGACACAGAGCUCUACGUCCUGUCAGCAGACACGGAGCAGAUGAUCGAACGAGUUCGCCGGGCCCAUCAGGAUACAUUCCCCUCCCUCUGUCAGCUGGGAAAAUACACCACG